AUGAGCCUCGGCUGGCUCACCGAGAGCACGCUGCUGCCGAAGCGGCCUCGAGAGAUCGAGGAUGUGGGCAAGGCGACCCUCGUCAAUAUGCGCGCGGCGCUCUACCAGAGCGAGACGGCGGCGCGGCAGCCGGAGAGUGCGCAGGCGGCGCUGCAGGCGCAGGCGCGGCGGAGCCGCCAGCGGCGGGCGGACCCACUCGCCGCCGGCUCCAACCGCGGCGUGGGCGAGCGCGACGCGAGCAGCGCCGCGCAGGAGCGUGCGGACGAGGCGCGCGCGGCCGAGGCGAUGGCGCGCAAGGUUGCGCUGUACGAGGCCCUCUCGAGCGGCGAGCCGCCGGACGAGAAGGCGGCGGCCCACGCGUCGUCGGUGGUUGACUUUGAGCUCAAGCGGCUGCGCGGAGGCGACGCGCAGAGCGAGGGGCAGGAGCUGGAGCGCCUCGCGUGGGAGGAGGCUGCCCGCCGCGAGGUUGCCGACGGCAGGGCGCGCGACGCAGAGGGCGGUGCUCGCCGCUCGCACGAGGCGAUGGCGCAAGAGACGGGCGCGGCGAGGGCGUCGGCGACGGACCAGCGCGCGAAGCGGCAGCGCGCGCUCGAGGAGCGGCCCGGCCGGUCGCGGUACGGCUAUGGUUCCAGCCACCACUACACAUACCAGUGA